AUGGAGAUGCAGAGACUGUAUUAUUGUGUGAUGGUAAUGUUUGGUCUUGUUUUGGGUUUUAUUAUUCCUUCAAUCAACGCUCAGAUGACUGGUCCUGGGCCCGCACCUUCCCCGUCCAGCGAUGGUAAUUUCUCGAGUCGAGUGGUGUAUGAUAAUUUGGUACUUGAUAUUGACAUUGCAGGGGUAGCAAUAGAUCAAGGAAUAGCAUAUCCCCGCCCGAACCCGUUCCAGAACCCAUUCCCACCUCCAUGGUCGCCGCCGCCGACGCAUUGCCUCAACAACAAUCCUAAUGGCUCAGGUAAAAAUCCUAGCUUUGAUGUAAUGACGCAGGCUGAUUCGAGCACCAAUUUGCUGGAUUUUCCUAAUGCCAAAUCGCUUCCUCCUGUUAGCGGCGCAGAGAAUUGA